GAUCACUGAGGCGAACAGGCAGCUCUAAUCAUGAACCGAGCUUACGUCUCACACACUUUGUUCAGAUAGAAAGCAUUAAGCGAGCGGGCGUCACCUUCUCUCUCACUUCUGAGGACGGCGAGGUGUCGCUGAACGUCAACCUGCCGGAUCGAUCUCGUGUAGCAAGUUCUCCUAAGUUCUUGAAUCGCUCUCCCGUCCUCGGUCGCGUUUGCGUUCCUUUCUUCAAACAGAGCCCAGGAUCACCUGGGCUUCAUCAAGGGCUUCCCAAGUUUUUUGAACCCUACGUUGCAGUCCAAAAGCAACGGGUUCAUCCAGACUUCGAAUCCAUCAUGUGGAAGGGUGCUGAGACCUCCGACGGCGGGCUUGCUAGAUGCUUCCCGGGAACGUGGAUCGUGUCCAGCCCGCUUCUUCUGCUGCUUGUCAGCGUAGGAGCAGCCCAAGUGGAUGAUGAUUUCUUGGGACUGGGUGAACUUCCCGAGACGUUCCCCUCCGACCCUCCGGAGUCCCUCCCCCACUUCCUGAUGGAACCGGAAGAGGCCUAUAUCGUCAAGAACAAGCCGGUAAUCCUCUACUGCAAGGCCACACCUGCCACGCAAAUCUACUUCAAGUGCAACAGCGAGUGGGUCCACCAGAAGGAGCACACCGUGGAGGAGAGCGUGGAUGACACCUCGGGGCUGCUGCUCAGGGAAGCCAGUAUCGAGAUCUCACGUCAACAGGUGGAGGAGCUCUUUGGUCCGGAGGAUUACUGGUGCCAGUGUGUGGCCUGGAGCUCAGCUGGGACCACCAAGAGCCGCAAGGCCCACGUCCGCAUUGCCUAUCUGAAGAAGACCUUUGAACAGGAGCCACUGGGGAAGGAGGUGUCUCUGGAGCAGGAGGUGCUACUGCAGUGUCGCCCGCCUGAGGGGGUCCCUCCUGCAGAGGUUGAGUGGCUGAAGAACGAGGAGCCGAUCGAUCCGGCGGGCGAUCGGAACUUCUACAUCACCAUCGACUACAACCUGAUCAUCAAGCAGGCCCGUCUCUCCGACACAGCCAACUACACCUGCGUAGCCAAGAAUGUGGUGGCCAGGAGGAAGAGUACCACGGCCACCGUCAUCGUCUAUGUGAAUGGCGGCUGGUCCAUGUGGACCGAGUGGUCAGCAUGCAGCAGCCGCUGUGGGCGGGGCUACCAGAAGCGAACCCGCAGCUGCACCAAUCCCACCCCUCUCAAUGGGGGCAGCAUCUGUGAGGGACAGUCUGUCCAGAAGCUGGCCUGUACCUCUCUCUGUGCAGUGGACGGGCUCUGGACAGAGUGGAGCAAGUGGUCCACCUGUGGCACAGAGUGCACCCACUGGCGCCGGCGGGAAUGCAGCGCCCCCACCCCAAAAAAUGGGGGCAAGGACUGCGAGGGUGUGCUGCUGCAAUCACAGAACUGCACCGAUGGGCUGUGCAUGCAGAGUUCGUUAUAUCAGAUGUCAGCUGAGCCUGACGCCAAGAAUGGUGUUGGAUUUUCAUCCGCCCCCAGCACGGAUGAGGUGGCGCUCUACGCCGGCAUCCUCACCGCCGUCCUCAUGUGCCUGGCCGUCUCCGCUGUAGUGGCAUUCCUCAUCUACCGCAGGAACCGGCACAGCUUCAGCUCAGAGGUCGACUCGUCGGUGCUCAGCGGGGGAUUCCAGCCGAUCCACCUUAAGACCAGCCGGACAGCUGAGCUGUUGACGACCCCCCCAGACCUGACGUCUGCGGCAGCCAUGUACCGCAGGCCUGUCUACGCCCUCCACGAAUCCUCCGACAAGAUUCCCAUGACCACCUCGCCUCUGCUUGACUCUCUGCCCAACUUGAAGAUCAAAGUGUACAGCUCGCCUGGCCUGGCUCCCUCCCAGGAUGAGCUCUCGGACCCGGGCUCAGGGGGCUCCCCAAAGAUCACCAACCCCCUGCUGGAUGCAGAGAUCAUGACCUUGCGCAACCAAAGCUUAGCUCGAAUCCGUGACCCCUCAUGUACCGCCCUUGGGACCUUCAACUCUCUGGGAGGGCACCUCAUCGUGCCCAACUCAGGAGUCAGUCUGCUGAUCCCGGCUGGAGCCGUACCCCAGGGCAGGGUGUAUGAGAUGUUCGUGACCGUGCACAGGAAGGAGAGCAUGAGACCUCCAGUAGAAGAGGGAGAGACAGUUCUGAGCCCAGUGAUCAGCUGUGGACCCCCCGGGGCCCUCCUGAACAGGCCUGUGAUUCUCACCAUGCAUCACUGCGCUGAGGCUUGGAGCCUGGACUGGCAGAUUCAGCUGAAGAACCAGUGUGCCCAUGGCGAGUGGGAGGAUGUGGUGGUGGUGGGGGAGGAGAGCUACAGCACACCCUGCUACAUCCAGAUGAACGAGGAGGCUUGUCACAUCCUGACGGAGACGCUGGGAACCUACUGCCUGCUGGGCAGGUCGCUCAGCAAGGCGUCGGCCAAGCGGCUGAAGCUGGCCGCCUUCGGGCCCCUGGUCUGCAGCGCCCUGGACUACCACAUCCGCGUCUACUGCCUGGACGACACUCAGGACACUCUCAAGGAGGUCCUGCAGAUGGAGAAGCAGAUGGGUGGCAAGUUGCUGGAUGAACCGAAGACCUUGACCUUCAAGGACAGCAGCCACAACCUCCGGCUGUCCAUCCAUGACAUCCCUCCGACUCUGUGGAAGAGCAAACUGCUGGCCAAGUACCAGGUGAGGCCGCGUAGAGUGGGAGGGGCCAUGGCCGGAACUCCCAGGCCUGAUGUCCAUCUCUGUCCGCGACAGGAGCUGUCGUUCUCUCAGGUGUGGAACGGCAGCCAGCACUGCUUGCACUGCAUCUUCUCACUGGAGCGCUCCAGCUUCCGGGUGACGGAGCUCGCCUGUCAGCUGUGCGUGCGCCAGGUGGAGGGCGAGGGCCAGAUCUUCCAGCUCUACAGCACCCUGUCGGAGAACACCCAGAGCAUCGAGACCUCGCUGCUCGAUCCGGCCAGCAGCAUCACCACGCUGGUGGGCCCCAGCGCCUUCCGGAUCCCGCUUUCCAUCCGGCAGAAGCUCUGCAGCAGCCUGGAUGCCCCCCCACCGCGGGGCAAUGAUUGGAGAAUGCUGGCACGCAAGCUCAACCUGGACAGGUAUCUGAACUACUUUGCCACCAAGUCAAGUCCAACUGGCGUGAUCUUAGACCUGUGGGAGGCCCAGCACUUUCCUGACGGCAAUCUAAACCGGCUGGCCGCUGUGCUGGAGGAGAUGGGGCGCCAUUGCAGCACCUCCAGCGUGCCAGAUCUCUGACGUCAGCAAAAAGCCCCGGACUGGCCGAUCGACCGCACCUGGCAUUUGAGGCUCAUGCGGCCUUGGAGAGCAGCGGGCGAAUGCGGUCCAGUCACUAAAGUCACAGUAAAACUCCAGAAUAGAAGUCCAGCUUUGUUUCGAUGGAUCAAGAUGAAACCAAUUACCACCAAAUGCAAAUGGGACUUUGUUGCUUGGACCACAGAGUCCUUGGUAGAUAUUUCUUAACCUUGAUAGUUUCUGAGGAAACGGAAUGUCCUCUUGUCCAUAUAUGUGGAUGCCGGGCUGCUCUGGACAGUGCAGCAUGUGGACCCUUUGGUCAGGUGCAGGUAUAUGAGCCUUGAUGCACUCGGAGUCCCCUUUGUGCCACAUACGGUCAUAUUAGACCAUCUGACUUGCAUACAGCACUUAGGACUUCAAGUGGUCACUGUUUUUAAAUCAUCACCUUUUGUAUACGCAUUAUACUUCUUAUGAAUUUUAUAUUUAAUAUAACUUGCUUUUCCACUUUCUCUUGUUACAUGAUGCCAUCUAGUGGACAUAUGCAGGGACUACAUCUGCUGGCAGACUAGGUUAUUGUUCAAACCUGUAAAUAGCAAAACUGAUUUUGGGGGGUCUGCUGAAGGGAAUUAGUCCACUUUUUCUAUGGUCAUUUUUCUAAAUUGAGCCCUUCGUGGGACAUGCGGGUGAUGUGGACACUAGUGAUGGUAAAAACAACCCGUCAUGAACCAUUUGUGGUAUCUCUUGACCCCACUAGAUGGUGCUCUUGGCUUGGUUUGGAGGUUUGCUUUGAACCCUUUUUUGAGCAGACAGCACGUAGUGGGGUCAGGAAAUACAGCAAAUGGUUCAUGAAGUCUUGUUUUUGCCAUCACUAGUGGACAGACCAGGGGGACAUCACACUUGCCUGGAUCUGCCCUGAACAUCUAACUGCCGUGGUUCAGUGUCCUCCUAGUGUGGGUUGGACUAUCCUUGUUCCACAUCACCUUUGCCUUCUGAAGACUGCAUGUUAGCCUCUACUAGACUAAACCUAAACAGGUAAACUUUGGUAUGAUGGUGAUGAUGUACAGCUGUCCAGGUCACUGUUUGUAGGAUGUUCUUCACUCUCCUGCUGAGAUGUCACCUUUUCUGUCUAUGCAAACCUGCUGGCAAAGCCUGGCCACCCCAAUGCUCGUCCUGUUGCCAUAUCUGCGAUCUGCUCUGUGGGAUCUACACGCUCCCUGUAAAUGCUGACGUAUCCUCUUUCAGGGCUCUGUACAAAUGUAAGGUUUAAAUAAGCAAUAAAUUAUAUUUAUA